AUGGAUUAUCUCCACCUUCUGCUGCUGCUGUGGACCUGCAGCAUCCUGCCAGAUCUUCAGCUCUGUUUCAACUUUGACACAAAGAACUUCAAGAUCUUCUCCGGUUCUAAAGAAACCCAGUUUGGAUACACAGUCCAGCAACAUGAGGCAGGAGGACGGCAGUGGUUGCUGGUUGGAGCUCCCUUUGAAUCCACAGGGAAGCAGCAGACAGGUGACGUGUACAGGUGUCCGCUGGAUACAAGAGCCUCUGCAAACUGCAGCCGACUCCACCUGGGGAAACUUUCUCUGGACAACGUCUCCGAGAGGAAAGACAAGAUGAGGCUGGGAAUGUCGCUGACCUCUAACCCUAGAGACAACAGCUUUGUGACCUGUGGACCGCUCUGGUCUCAUGAAUGUGGAAGCUCCUUGUACAGCACAGGAAUCUGUUCCAGGGUCAGCCGAAACUUCAGACUGUCCCACACCAUCGCCCCCGCCCUGCAGAGGUGUGAGACGUUCAUGGACAUCGUGAUCGUUCUGGACGGUUCUAACUCCAUCUACCCCUGGUACGAGGUCCAGGACUUCCUCAUCAACAUCCUGCAAAAGUUCUACAUUGGCCCAGGUCAGACGCAGGUUGGUGUGGUUCAGUAUGGCUCCACAGUCGUCCACGAGUUCAGUCUGGGUGAGUACCAGACGGUGGAGGAGGUGGUGGAGGCCGCCAGGAGCAUCGACCAGCGUGGCGGAGAGGAGACGAGGACGGCGCUGGGCAUCAACGUGGCGCGGUCGGAGGCGUUCAAACGCGGCGGCCGACCCGGCGCUCAGAAGGUGAUGAUCGUGAUCACAGACGGUGAAUCUCAUGACAGUCCUCAGCUGGUGCAGGCAGUCGGUGACAGCGAGAGAGACAACAUCACCAUGUACGCCAUCGCUGUCCUGGGUUACUACAACCGUCGGGGAAUCAACCCUGAAGCCUUUCUCAAAGAAAUCAAGUUCAUUGCCAGUGACCCGGACGAGAAACAUUUCUUCAACGUGACGGACGAGUCGGCGCUGAAGGACAUCGUGGACGCUCUGGGAGAGAGGAUUUUCACUCUGGAAGGAACCAGCAGUCAGGGUCGAGGGUUCGGUCUGCAGAUGGCUCAGGCCGGUUUCUCCUCACAUUUAGUUAAAGAUGGCGUUCUGCUCGGGGCGGUCGGCGCCUACGACUGGAACGGAGCCGUGCUGAAAGAAACUAAACACGGAAAAAUUGUUCCUCCAAAGUCCUCGUAUAAGGACGAGUUCCCAGAGGAGCUGAAGAACCACGGAGCCUACCUGGGUUACUCUGUCGGGUCACUCAUUUCCUCUCGCGGCUCUCAGCUCUACGUGGCCGGAGCUCCGAGGUUCAACCACACAGGAAAGGUCAUCGUCUUCACCCUGAAGAACAACGGAAACCUGACCAUCCUGCAGGCUCUGCUGGGAGAACAGAUCGGCUCGUAUUUCGGCAGUGAGUUAUUAUCGAUGGACGUAGACGGAGACGGACAGACUGACAUUCUCCUGGUGGCGGCGCCCAUGUACUACAGUCAGGGCUGGGAGAGAGGGAAGGUUUACAUCUACUCUGUCACAUCACAGGCCUCUUUAGUCCUGCAGGGGGCGCUGCAGAUAUCUGACCGCUCUCAGAACUCCCGUCUGGGUUCGGCGCUGACCCAGAUCCCCGACAUGAACGGAGACGGAUUCAGGGAGCUCGUGGUCGGAGCGCCGCUGGAGGACGACCACCAGGGGGCGGUGUACGUGUUUUAUGGCCAGGACAAAACCAUCCAGCAUCAGUACAGACAGCGAAUCUCUGCUGCCGGUUUCUCCGCAGGUCUGAAGUAUUUCGGACAAAGUCUUCACGGGGUCUUGGACGUCAACGCAGACGGGCUGGUCGACCUCACGGUGGGAGCGCUGGGAGCUGCCGUCAUCAUCUGGUCUCGGGGUGUGGUGCGGAUUCAGGCCAAACUGACCUUUGAACCCGAGAAAGUCAACAUCUUCAACAAGGACUGUUGGCGAGGAGGGAAGGAGGUCACCUGCAUGUCCGUUUCCGUCUGUCUGAGUCUGGAUUCCAGGACCAAGACCAGGACAAAGACCAGGACAGCUGUGUGGUUCAGCCUGGUGUUGGACGAGAGGCGUUUCCCCCCACGAGCUGUUCUGGACGAAUCAGAUCGACAGCAACCCAGGAGUCUGUCUCUGCAGGCCGGAGGUCAGAGCUGCCAACGCCUCGGGUUCUCUGUCCAGGAGACGACAGAUUACGGACGUCCCAUCACGGUUGUCCUGGAGACGGGGAUGCAGAACCCGGACGAGGGGCCGGUGUUGGACCCCGACUGGCCGAGCAUCAUGAGGGCCGAGCUUCCCUUCUGGAACGGCUGCGAGCAGGAGGACGUCUGCGUUCCCGACCUCGUCCUCCACAGUCGCACCGACCUCAUGGACGUUCAGCAGUUCUGCAGCUCGAGGGACCGGGCGACCUGGUCUCUCUGCGGCCAGCAGGGGGCGUCGCUGCGCUCGGCGUUCGUGGUGGAGUCCGGGCGGAGGAGGCUCGUCAUGUUCUCUCAAUUGGUGAACGAGGGAGAGAACGCGUACGGAGCCGCCAUCCACAUCUCCACCUCCUCCAACCUGAUCUUCUCCAGCCUCAUCGUCAAGGACCAAUCAGACAUUCAGAUCGAAUGCUCCUCUGAGGACAGACUGGCCACUCAAAGGUUCUGUAACAUCAGCGCUCCAUUCAUGAAGUCCUUGUCCCAGGUGUCUUUCCAUGUGGAGUUUGAGUUCAGCCGCUCCGUCUUCCUGGAUCACAUCCGGGUCUUCAUGGACGCCACCAGUGAGGGUGAAGACGGAUUUCCAGAUGACAACCUCAGUGACAUCCUCCUGCCUCUGAAAUACCAAACCGACCUCCUCUUCACCAGAGACCCUAACCCUCCUCGUUUUGAAAUCAAAGCAGACUCUUCCUCUUCCUCCUCUUCAUCCUGGGACCAGCCAGACAACAACUCACCCACCUUCAACCUCACUUAUAACAUCCAGAACCUGGGCAUCUUCUCAGUGCACGAUCUCCUGUUCAGAGCCGAUAUCUGGGCCCUGACCGCGAAGGGCAACCAGCUGGUGAACAUCACAGACUACAGCAUCGAACAGGUAGCAGGGUCCCACUGUAUGCUGCCUCCACUCAGAACAACCAAUCAGGUGACAGCUGAGGACCUGACUCAACUGUCACAGCUGAACCACAGUAACAGUGUGAGCAUGGCGGUCCAGUGCAGACUGAACCUGCCGGCCUCCAGAGAGGUGAAGGUGACGCUCAGAGGAAGACUUCAGCUUCCCGCUCUGCUCGCUGUGAGCUUCAGGUCUCUGGAGCUACUGACCGCUGCCUCCAUCCAGCUGGACGCAUCCAGUCCCAUGUUCCUCCAGGAGGACAGACCGGUCAGACAGAUAAUCCUGGAGCUGAGGAAGGACGAGGAUUACAUCGUCCCAGUCUGGAUCAUACUGGGAAGCUCACUGGGAGGCCUGCUGCUACUGGCCUUACUGGUCCUGGCCCUGUGGAAGCUCGGCUUCUUCAACAGACGGAGGAGACAGGAAGAGGAGGAGCAGCCAGUAGCCAAUGGGAAGGCAGCAGAGGAGCUAUAA